AUGACCACAAGCAGCAAAGGAUUGUUACGGACACUCUGGACCGAAUAUUGUUUGGGCAGCACCGUCUAUGCCACACGAUAUUUGGCUAAAGAGCGAUUGCGACUUGGCGAGCGAUUGUGGUGGUUCUUUUGGAUCACUAGUUCGAUUAUUGUCUGUUCCAUGUCCAUCAUCACCACAUAUCACAUGUAUAAUGAAAGCCCCGUGUUUAUAAGCUUCGCCCGGCAUCUGUUGCCAAAUUGGGCGAUUCCUUUCCCUGGCGUUACGAUUUGUCCUCUAGCAAAGAGCAGGGUGGAAUACUUCAAUAUAACAGAUGCAUACUACCGGUGGACCAAUGGUUCCGGUUUGAAGGAUAACGAGUUCGAAUUAGACGUGGGAGAAAGUACUGAAAAUGACCAACAAAAUUCUUGCAGAUAUAUGAACCUCCGAGUGCUAACGCAUGUCUGUCCCUAUGUGCCAUUCUGGUUCGUUGCCAAUGGUUCGCGAAAGGAGAAUUGCGCGGGAAUUCUGCGAAAGAUGUCCCUCUCAAUCGAAGAGAUGUUUGAUGUGUGCUUCUGGAAAGGAUCAAUUGUGCCGUGCAAUUCGAUAUUCUCGCUCACGCUUACAGACACCGGGGUUUGCUACACUUUCAACGCGAUUGCUGCAGAUCAAUUGUUUAAGAAGAAAAAUCUUCAGAAAGAGUAUAACUAUUCCACAGCCCAUCUAAACUCAGCGAAUUGGACCAUGGAAAGAGGUUACCGACACAAGAGUGACAUACACAGUUAUCCAUUCAGACCGCUAGGGAGUGGGUUCGAAUCGGGGUUGAUAGUGGGUUUGAACGCACGCACAAAGGAUGUAGAAUAUUUCUGUGAAAGUAUGCUAAGCGGAUUCAAGGUGUCAAUUCACUCACCGGACGAACUUCCCACUUUUGAAUACCAAUUUUAUAGGUUAUCCCACCUUGAAUCGCUCAUCUUGACGGUAAUCCCGGAGCUGACAUUCUCGUCCAGACGCCUUAGGAAAUAUCCUCCUGAAAUCCGUCAGUGCUACUUCAGCGGCGAACGACAGCUUCGCUACUUCAAGGUGUACAACCGCAACAACUGUCUAGCGGAGUGCAUUGGGAACCUAACGAUUCGGGAGUGUGGAUGCGUGAAAUUUUCAACGCCGAGAAGCUCGGAUGUUCGGGUGUGCGACGCCAGUGAGGUAGUAUGCUACACCAUGGCAGCCUACAAAGUUUUCACAGGUCUUCUGCAAAGCAAAUCCGACGGAGAAUGGGGAGAAGUUUGCGAUUGUCUGCCGGCCUGUGCAAACCUUCAGUACGACGUGGAGAUAUCGCAGAUGGCGUUCGAUUCCAGGGCAUUCAGUCGAGCUAUGAUUCAUAACACCAUGCUGCAUGAUGGUAUCGAUCGAUCGAUACUCUUCGUGGUGUUCAAGAACAAGUGGUCGCUCCCGUUGAAGCGUCACGAGCGGAUGGCGUUCUACGAUUUGCUGGCCAAAUUCGGUGGACUGUUUGGGCUGAUGAUGGGUGCCAGUUUUCUCAGUUUCGCAGAGCUUCUGUAUUUCUGCAUCAUUCGUCCUUGGAAAAUCAAACUUUCAGAGGACCGGCACGUUGCUCGUCGUGUGUAUCCUUGGAAACCGUGA